AAUGCAAAUAUCUCACUGGCUCUUCAAGAUCAAUUUUAAACAAAAAAUUUCAGCACAUACCUGUCCCUUCUCAGUCUCCCGUUUCACGAAGAAGAGCAUCGUCGCCUGUUUUUCCAUCUGACAAAUGCAAAUAUCUCACUGGCUCUUCAAGAUCAAUUUUAAACAAAAAAUUUCAGCACAUACCUGUCCCUUCUCAGUCUCCCGUUUCACGAAGAAGAGCAUCGUCGCCUGUUUUUCCAUCUGACAUUUCUCCUUAUAACAGUGGAAAAAGUUCAUUAUCGUCAUCUCCAAAGUUUGCUCGUAAAGCCCAACCAAAAUCUCCAAAUUCGAAAUCAAAGUUUCAAAAUGGCCAUAUCUCAUCACCGUCAUUUUUACCUCAAGAGAUCACAGAUAAAUAUAAUGUAGGAAAGAUUAUUGGAGAUGGAAAUUUUGCAAUUGUUCACGAAUGCACAGAAAAGAUCACAAAUCAAGAAUAUGCUUUAAAAAUAAUAGAUAAGAAUAAAUGUAGAGGAAAGGAACAUAUGAUAGCAAAUGAAGUUGCAAUCUUGAGGAAAGUUAAACACCCAAAUAUAGUUCAGUUAUUAGAAGAAUUUGAUUUAGAUAACGAGUUAUAUCUUGUCAUGGAAUUAAUAAAGGGAGGUGAUCUGUUUGAUGCAAUUGCUUCUGCAACCAAAUAUUCUGAAAGAGAUGCAAGUGGAAUGGUAUAUAAUCUUGCAAGUGCUCUUGGUUAUUUACAUUCUUUAAAUAUAGUUCAUCGUGAUAUUAAACCGGAAAAUUUGUUGGUGGUCGAUCAUGAAGACGGGAGCAAAUCUUUAAAACUUGGUGAUUUUGGAUUAGCUGUAGAAUCUCAAGAUGAUCUUUACACUGUUUGUGGAACACCGACAUAUGUGGCCCCUGAAAUUUUAGCUGAAACAGGCUACGGACUUAAAGUGGAUAUUUGGGCAGCGGGUGUUAUCACUUACAUUUUGUUGUGUGGAUUUCCACCAUUUGUUAGUCAAAAUAACGACCAAGAUGAACUUUUCGAUCAAAUUCUUGCUGGAAAAUAUGAAUUUACAUCACCCUUCUGGGAUGAUAUUUCAAAUUCUGCCAAGGAACUAAUUGCUUGUAUGUUAGAAGUUGAACCUUCUAAAAGAUACACAGCAGCACAAAUACUACAACAUCCUUGGGUGGCAGCAGAUACUGCCCCCGAUGACGACAUGCAUUCGACAGUGUCGACCAAACUUAGCAUGCACUUUGACUACAAACCUAAAUCCUCUGUCAAGUGUGCUGGCAUAGCUCUUAUUGCUUCCACUGCUCUGGAUAAAGAAUUAAAUUAUUUUUGUGGAAGACCUCAAACAGCUACAACCACUGCCUCUCUGCAACCAUUUCAAUUGGUCGAGGAAGACGAUAAUCUCAUGUUCUGAACAGUGCAUUCCGAAGAGCAUUUUCUUCCAUAAUAUUUAAACGUAACGUGAAUGCCAUGACGGAGUAAAGUCAUACUUUCUUAAUUAGAAACAAAACGACGUCUGAUUUUAUAUUUAUAUGCAUUUAAAAAGUUUAUAUAUAAUCAGAUUAAACAAACUUUUUUUUUUUUAAUAUACGUAAGUUUGAUAAAUAUAAAGUACGAAGAAUUGGUUUUAAGAAAGAUGCAAAGUUAUCGUCCUUUAUAAAAAUUUAAAUUCUAAGACUCAUUAAACUGGUCUGAAAUUUCUAAAAUACAAUUUUUAAGAUAUAUGCAUGAAGUAAUGAGAAAUAACUCCAGUGUCGUCGUCCGUGUGAGUGUUCGUGACAUUUGAAAAAGUAAAAUAAGAAUGGAAAUUCAAUUCAAAGUACUUUAUAUAAAUAGCUUCAUAGUUUCGAAAAUAUCUCUCGAUGUAUUAGAAGUUGUUGUUUGUGGUCGUGGGGUGACGUGUAGUGACUAGCCGUUUUUUAAAAACUAUUAUCCGAACUCUAUCUGAUGUUACGAACGUGUAGGUACGUUUAUUAUACCGGAAUUAGUUCGGAAUGUCCCGAUUUAAUGAUUUGCGGAGUUGUUUUUUAGGUGAUAUAUUUUUCUGGACUCUAAUUAUUGGGAACAAACGUGCCAAAUAUGAGAUUUCUUUUUUGAAAUUGGAUAUUUGUCUAGAGGAUUGGAAUUUAAUACAUAUCAAAUACUUUUUGCCUUGAUAAAUUCAGAUCGGUUGUCGACUGAUUAGAGCGAAGGCCUUCGUGGUAUUAUUUUAAAAACUAUUGAAUGCAUUUCAGUAAGAAAUCGGUUUAUAUGUAUGUGAAUAAAUUUUAAUAUAUUUUGGAAAAUCCUUUUUGUAUAUCUAUUUAAUACAUAUGAAUUUGAUAUCAGAUGAAUUAUGCAAUAAUAGAUUUUUUCCUCUGAAUUUUUCUAUUAAGACUAAAAUAAAAAG